GUCAGCUCAAAGCUACGUGAUUGCAUCCCUCCGUGACAAGGAAAGGAUCUAGUAACAAUGCAGACUAAUUAAUUCAACUAUGUACAAGUUUUUGGGACUGUAAGGAGGGAUGCCCAAAUUACAUCCGUCAAUAAACUACUUUUGAAAACUUAAAGAAACUUUUUCUUUAAAGUGUGCCGGAAUAAGGAAUCAUUAUGCCAGAUUUCUCUUUUAAAUGCAUUUGGUGGGUUUUGGUAUUGUUGUUUUCCGGGCAUUUUUCCCUAGAUGCAGAUUCUGAGGAUUAUUUACCAAAUGGAUUUACAACUUUUUUGGACACCAAUGAAGUUUUGAAUCACUCGUUGGUGCCAUUAAAAGAUAAAACCUGGUCUGGUGAGGGGAAAGCAGCUCUUUCUAGACAAAAAAGAGACCUUCUGUUUCCCAGUGGAGUUAAACUUUGCUCACAUGAGACAGUGCAACAGGCAAUACGGAAUCAUCUCAACUACUUUCACCUGCGAGUGUGCCAGGAAACAGUUUGGGAGGCUUUCAAAAUCUUUUGGGAUCGCUUACCUGAGAAAGAAGAGUACCAGAUCUGGAUGAGGAAAUGUCAAAAUAGUAGCGUUAGCGUGUUUGACAUUGGCCGGAGCUUUAGCCAGUCAGCUGAGCACCUUGCUCUAAUUUCAAGUAGGGUAGGAGCGGCUUCAAUGACAUCAACAAGUGCACCCACCAGUCCAUGGCAACCUGAAUGCAGACAUCAGACAACGACUACUGCACCAACACAAGCAAGCGUGGCCACAACCCAAGAAGUCAGCGUUCUGGUUCUUGAGGCAGUAACAGAUUCACAGGAUAUCACACCACAGACCACUGCAGACCAAAUCUUAAUCACCACUAUGGCUGCAGAGCUUCAGAUGACACUUGGAGUCACUCCAGAGCCAGACACAGCCUUUGAGGCCUCAACGGGGAUAAGCACUAGUUCACCUAUAGAACACACAAGUGUGGCCACUGGGAAACCUAUUUCAGAAACUGAACUGGAGGUCGAACUGGAUGCUACUGAGGGUCCUGUCAAAGCAUUAAAUAUCACCGUUCAACAUGAAGAGGUUGAAAUCGUCUCAGAAUCUGACAGAACUCCAGAGGAGUUUACUUCAAGAGCAUAUGAUUAUGAGAUUCCCACCACCUUUGAGGACUUGCUAGGAAUAAGCACUUCUCCUACAGUAGUCACCAAUGAUUUUACUGGAAAGCUUUAUUUAGAAACAGAGUUGGAACAGGAUGUUACUGAUGGUCCAGUUGUUUCCAUUCAACAUGAAGCUGACGUUGUCUCAAAGUCUACAUUAUUGACCACUGAUAGAACUCCAAAAUAUUAUAAUUCAAAAAAACAUGAGCAUGAUAUUCCCACAACCUUGGAGGACUCACCAGGGAUAAGCAAUAAUACUCCUACGGUAAUCAUCAGUCAAAUCACUGAAGAGCUUCAUUCAGAAUCGGAACCGGAGAUGGGAGAGGAUGCUACUCAGGGUCUGGUUAAGACAGCAGGUGUUACCAUUCAACAUGAAGAGGUGGACAUUGUCUCUGAGUCUACAUUAAUGACCACUAAUAGAACUCCAGAAGAUUCAACUUCAGGAAAAUAUGAGUAUGUUCUUCCCACAUCCUUUGAGAACUUACUAGAGAUAAUCACUAGUUCACCUACUGAACUCACAAAUGAGGCCAUUGUGAAGGCUACUGUGAAACAGAAUGUUACUGAGGGUCUUGUUAAGACAGCAGAUGUUACCAUUCCACAUGAAGAGUUUGACAUUGUCUCAGAGUCUACAUUGAUGACAAGUGCUAGAAGUCCAGAAGAUUCUACUACAGGAAAAUAUGAUUAUGGCAUUCCCACAAGUUUCAAGGACUCAGUAAGGAUAAGUACCAAUACUCCUAAAGAAAUCACCAGUGAAUCUACUGAAGAGAUUAUUUCUGUAACUAAACUGCACAUGGGGCAGGGUGUUACUGAAGGUCCUCUUAAAUCAGCUGAUGCUACAAUUCAAUAUGUAGAAGCUGAUGUUGUGUCAGAGGCUACACUGAUGUCCACUGGUAGAACUCCAGUAGGUUCCACCUUGAGAAAGUAUGAGACAGAUCUUCCCACAACCCUUGGGGACUUGCCAGGAAUAAGUUCUAAUACUCCUGUGGUAGUCACUAGAGAAUCCAUUGAAAAUUUGAUUUUCGAAUCUGAGGUUGAAGAUGAAUGGGGUGUUAGUGAAACUCCUGUUAAAUCAGCACUUGUUACCAUUCAGCAUGUAGAUGUUUCAGAAGCUACAAUGAUGUCUACUGAUAGACAUGCAGUAGACUCUCUUACAGAAAUACCUCCUGUUCAGAGUGUCUUACCAGAGAAACCAGCGCAGACAACUCCUACAGAACUGAAAGAGGUUUCUCCUAAUCCCCACACAGAAGGGCUGCCAAAAGCUCUGACAGAUAAUGAUGUUGUUGAAAUCACACAUGUGACCACAAAGCCAGAAAUUCUGUCACCCACUACACCUGUAAAUACAUCCACUGAGGUAGUAUCAACAGAGGGUGGACCUGAAGACAUUGCAAUUGUUACAUUACUUGACAAAGAGGAAGAGGCACCCUACACUAAACCUACACCAGAGGUGACAACAGAUGAAGAACUACCAGGUACCAUGACAGAGAGUACUCAUGAAUUGUCAAAGGAAACACAUGAGCUUAUAGUUGACUCAUUUGAUGCUGAAGCGGAUCAUUUAGGUAAGGAAGAGGACAUUAUAACUGAGACCCCAGAAGUUGUUGAUGUGACAGCUGGUGAGACACCUAGAUUGACACAGGAAACUACAGAAGCUACUGUGUUUACUGAGAAAGACAAACAUGUUGAUAAGGACAUAACUGCCAUUGCAAAUCCUGGUGAGAUGACAACAGAGCCAACAGAAGUUGCUGAGGUUGAAUUUGACAUUACCACAGACGAUGUAACGGUUCUUGAAAACACGCUUGAAGAUUUUGUUGAAGGAACAAGUGAAGCGACUGUUGAAUUGGGUGAUGUAACGGAAGCUGUCAUCUUAGAAGAAUCAUCUGAGAAAAGUACUGAAGGAACUUCUACUAAGAGAACAGAAAUUUCUACUAAGACCACAAGUCGGACCACAACUGGAAUCACAUCCAAGAUCACACCUGAUACUUCUUUUGACAUUGGUACCCCUGAAACUGACAUUGUAGAGUUUGUAACUGAAGGUAUGGAAGAUAAGUUAGAAGACACAACUAAAAAGGAUGAAGGUGGUGAGGAAACACUUUUCAAAGUUUUUGAAGGCACAAUGCCAGAUCUUACUGCUACUAAGUUGGAAAAAGAUGUACUGACAACAACCCUAAAUGAGGACAUACAUGAAGUUACAGAGAAAUCAAAAAUUCCACAGGACACACCCAAAGUUGCAGUAGAAAUCACAGAUAUGCAUGAGACCAGAGGAGACUCCUUAUCUGAGACACAUGAAGUUGCAACAGAGACACCUAAGGUCAUUACAGAAGCUGGUGCCAUGACAGAGACAACUCAUGUCAUAUCUCAAGCUCCCAAAGUUAUAUCUCAAGCACCUGAACUGGAGACAAGUGUAUCUAUCUCGAAGACACCUGAGGUCAUAUCUCAGACACCUUUGUCAAUAUCUGAACUUUCAGAGGUGCCUGAGACAGUACCUAAAACACCUGACAUGCAUGUGGUCCAACCAGAACCUGCAGAAGACGAUAUCCCAACUCCUAUCUUGAAAGUCGAGGAUAUGACGGUUGUACUAAAUGACUUGACAACUACUAUUCAAAAGACUUUCUCUACCACAUUACAAAACUUGCCACAGGACAUUUCUAAUGAUAUUUUAAAUGAAAACAGCAUGAUUGGAAAUGAAAUUGAUGACAUUAUGGUCCGACCAGUACGUCCUAGCGACCAUAUUGUGGAGCUGAGUAUUAAGAUAAGAGGUGAAAGUUAUGAUGAUGCUCUGAGAGAUCCAUCAAGUUACUACUAUCAACAUCUAUCCGAACUGUUCAUUGAUAAGAUUGAAGAAGUUUUUAAAAGGCUCCCAGGUUUCAAGAAAAUAUUCGUCCUUGAGUUCAGGCCACAGAAGGACAUUGAAGGAGGCCUGGCUGUGGUGGUACACUACGCUGUGGUUCUUGGGAGUGAUGGUGCAGGAAUAAGUAAUGAGACCAUGGAUUACAUAAACCUACAUUCCAACAUGAUUGAGAACUCCUUCACAGAUCCUGAUGAGCUACCUACUGUGGUCUACACCAUCACCGACUUCCGAAACUACAUCACCGGAGCCCUCCACAAGGAGAAUUUCAUCAGAAACACCACUCUGGAAGUGGACCCUGAUUCUUUGCAGCUGGAAAAUGUGGAGACACUGGAGUCUUCCAAACCAACCAGCAGACCGCUUGACUCCAGUGACAUGAUGGAUAAUGUUCUUGUCUCUGAGAAGCCACCAGCUGUUCCCAGGCAGGAAUUAUCCAACAAUGACAUCUUCAUUACAAAUAAUGACUUCCUUGACCACAUUCACACAAUAGAUCCCUGGAUGGAUGAUCGGAAUAAGGACACAAAUGAUGUAAUCAUCUUUGAGGAAAGUCCCACUCUGUCUCCCACAGAUGUGUCUUUGAAGAACUUUGACAUUGAGCUUACCUCUAAAUUUGAGACCUCAAGCAGUGCCCCUGCUCCUGCUACAGAGAAUGAUGGUAUUCUUGAAGAGGAUGGAUUCUUACAAACUGCAACUACAGUCAGUCCUACCACAGGCACGAUAACUGAAGUUGCCUUACCUUCGGAAUCACCUCACAAGUUGGAAGAGAACUCAGUUUCUCCUGUGGAACCUCCUGAUGUUGAGUUGACUACUCAGAGUGACUUGAUAGACCUGGGUUCAGGCUCAGGUUUCUCUGGGGAUCAUCUAGGUCCUGCCAUUUGGCCUUGGGAGUCAGGAACACCAGAAGAAGUCUUGAAGGAAGAUGAGGUGCACCAACUUCAGGAAAAUCAGGAAUCUAUAGAGGAACAGCUUGAGCCUCCCCACCAAGAUCUGACACCCAAUGAGCCAUUCUUGGACAGGGUUCUUGUGACACAAGAUAUUCAUUCUAAUCCUCACUACACAACAACUGACCAGGCUCCGGUUUUUUGGACAAUGGAGACUUUGACUGUCGAGCUUUCUAUGCAGACUCAAGUAGCCCCUGAACAAUAUGAUGACUAUUUUCCAGAUGAAUCUACCACUAUGGUUACACAUGUGACCAGUCGACCCUUGCUACAUGUCUACACUUCAGCAGAAACCCAAGAGGUGGAUGCAUCACAAAGUCCUGAUACAAUAAUUUCACCUGCUGAUAAGGACUAUUCAGAACGACCUGUUACACCCACUGUGAUCCCACCAAGCACAGCAGUAGCUAUGGAUGAACAUACUACAUCAACAGAAUACAAGCAGAUUCAGGAAACGCUGGCCUCCACAACAAAGUCAAAUGAAAUGCCUUCAACCACGCAAAUACCUGUAAUCCUAGAAAUUGAUGCAGUUUCUGUGGAAGGUCCUACUACUUAUUCAGAAGCUGUUGUGCAUCCUGUAACCAAAGGUGUCACAGAAUUACCUGCAUUCUUAUGGCCAGAGUUAGAAGGUUCAAAUGAAGAAGUCAAGAUACUAGAUGAGGAGAUGGAAGGCAUCAAGCUUAUGCCUACAGAAAGCCCAGCGACUAAACUCUCAGAGGAGGAUUUAGCUGGGGAUGAAAUAUUGGUCGCAACAACAUCUCCAACAACAAUAGCUACUGAAGAGCCAAUUGUAGGUCAUUUAGCUUCCCUGUCUCCUGAGAAGGACUCACCAUUCGCUCGGAUAUCCCAUUCAUCAAUAGAUGAGGCUGAACCUUUAUUAGAAUCAACCACAGAACCUCUACCUACUCAACCAUCUACUCAUUCGGUUCUUCAAGAGAUGACUCCAGAGACUCAAACCAAUAUAAUUCACACUUUUAAUGCAACUGUUGCAAAUGAGCCUGUUUUAUCAGGGAAUAUUGAAGAUGGAGACUCAACUAAAAUAUUUCAGUCCACAAUGUCUGUCAUUCCAGAUGUUUCAGAACAUUUGGAGACCCUCAGUUCCACCACUGUACCAUCAUUUUAUCAGCCAACAUUCAAACCUACCAAACAAAUAACUUCAGAUGACUCUGUGCAAGAGCACACAGUAGGGUCAAGACCUGACAUCACAGGCCUCAUCCUACCUACCAAACCAGUGAACUCUGAUGCUGCUACUAUGAAAGUUCCUGCUCCAGUAAACCCCAACAUAAGAGAAUUUGAUGUUUCUUUUGACAUAUUCCCAUUUGAUGGGCCAAGCCAUGGCAAAGACGACGGUAGUGGAUUUGCUCGUGCGACUGACUUGGCAAGUAUUGCCUUGCCAGCCAGUCCUGGAAGGGCGUUAAUAGUGUUUUUCAGCCUCAGGGUCACCAACAUGAUGUUUUCUGAAGAUCUGUUCAACAAGAGCUCUACUGAAUACAAGGCUCUUGAGCAGCAAUUUCAAGAGCUGCUUGUGCCAUAUCUACAGUCCAACCUCAGCAAUUUUCAGAAUUUAGAGAUCUUGAACUUCAGGAAUGGCAGCAUUGUGGUAAACAGCAGGAUGAAGUUUGGCAAGCCAGUUCCCCGUGGUGUGACAACAGCAGUUUACCUUAUCCUGGAGGACUUCUGCAAUACUGCUUACCAAACUAUGAAUCUUGCAAUAGACAAGUAUUCAUUGGAUGUUGAAUCAGGUGACCAUGCUGAUCCAUGUAAGUUCCAAGCAUGUAAUGAGUUCUCCCAGUGUUUAGUCAACCGCUGGUCCGGCGAGGCAGAGUGUGUUUGUAAAGCUGGCUAUUUUAGCGUGGAUGGGCUGCCAUGUCAGAGUAUCUGCGACAUACAGGAAGACUUCUGCCAGAAUGAUGGGAAAUGUGACAUCAUACCUGGCAAGGGCGCCAUUUGCAGGUGUCGAGUCGGUGAAAACUGGUGGUAUCGAGGUGAACACUGUGAGGAGUAUGUGUCAGAACCACUGGUGGUUGGGAUCGCCAUCGCCUCAGUCGCUGGGUUCCUCCUCGUGGCUUCGGGCGUGAUCUUUUUCCUCGCCAGAACUCUGCGAGACCAGUAUGAUACGGAUGAUUCAGAAGACCCUUUACGAUAUUCAGAGAACGUGCCAUCUCUAGAAAGAGCUACUAAGUACAAUCCCAUGUUUGAAAGUGAAGCAACUACAGGCUAUAAUCAGUACUACUGCCGCUACCCAGAUGCCCCUGCGUAUAGCACUGGCAGCGCUGAGACCUCCACGGACUUCAGCAGCGAGGAAAUACGACACAUUUAUGAGAACAGCGAACUUACGAAAGAGGAAAUCCAGGACCGUAUUCGAAUUAUCGAGCUGUAUGCCAAGGACCGCCAGUUUGCAGAUUUUGUCCGACAACACCAAGUAGCACUUGACGCUAGACGAGAGAGCUCUUCCAAUUAGAGUUGCAAACCACUAAACCCAAGACACUUGCCUUUUUUUCUUGAAUGCAAGAAGAGGUCCUCUUCUGCCAUGGUGGACUUUGCAGGGAGAAAGUUUGUGAAGAUGUAAAUGGACUUUUGAUUUGAAUCGUUUAUGGAUCACAAUGAUGGAUUGACAGGUUGUGAUCUAAUGUAGAAAAUGUAUUUGUGAUUAUGUUUACUGUUUUUACUGGUGGGCUCAUUUAUUGCUGCAUUGUCAAGGCCAUAUCCAUAAACACUUAUUAUUGACAUAUCUGUAUCAUCUGGCCACACCAGAAAACGCAACUAUACGUCCGGGCUUCAUGUUGGGUCCUCUCUUUUUUUAAUGGAAAGCCUGUUUCUCUUUCUCAUGGUUUUUCAUUUGUCAGUGCCUUCACUUUGAUUGUUACUCUUCUUUAUAUUUGCAACAUGGGACAUAAUUUCUUGUGUCCUAAAACACGGACUGACUGAAGAGAGAACGUUUCGCAAUAGUUAUACUAUUUUAAUGAAUACAGCGAAAAGUAGUUCCAUAAUUAUAUUUGCAACUUAAAAAUUUAUUUAUUUUUGGUCGAAA